UUCAUUGCCGCGAAUAACCUAUGGCUACUACGAUGAACUACGACGUUAUAUCUACCGUGAAUUGUAUACGCGCGGCGCCGUACACGCAAUCAUACUUCGGCUUACCGAAUAUUGGGAUUUUGCGUUAUAUAUCAAAUGGACUGUAUAGACGAUGUUUCGGCAACUAAUCGAAUCGCUUAAUCAAGUGAAAUGCUACAUCUACGCGUGUGACGACAAGUUCGCUGCUCCAUUUAAUAGGACAUUAUUUAUACGUGCUUUGGAUGGAUUGCGAGAAAGACCCCGAAUCGAUUGUGUAUUUGUGUGCGUGUAUUUUUUUUCAUCGCGCAAAAAUAAACCAAUUAAAAGUUAAACAUUAAAAGCUCAUCUGAGCAGAAAGUGUAUGGAGUAAGCACAACAAGAAGAGAAUGUAUUGUGCUUUAUGGUUUUGGCGUCGAAAGUUUUUCUUUUCGUUUGUACAUACCUUUUUGCUAAGUAUCUGUACUGCCAUCUGUGGAUGAUUCGCAUUUCGAAAAAUGCAUCACGCAUCAGCCACCAAUAAUUUCUAAAACUUGAAUAUGUAUGAUAAUUAUGUGUAUCCAAUGUCCAUUGACACAAUUCGCCACUGCACAAUGCAACAUUUCUGGCAUAUAGGAUGGCCAAAUAUAACUACCCUGCAAAAAAUACAUUCAACGUAAUUUUAUCAACAAAUCGGAACAGCAAAUAACAUAGAAUAGCAUUUCAGAAAUGGGAACACUUCCAAAAUUACCGAAUUUCAAUUUUAGACAAUAAAUUAUUGUCAAUAAUUAGAAGUUCAUGUCAUUUUACUUAUUCUAUAUCAUGGAAUUUUGAUCAAAAUCGCAAAAACGACAUUGUUUGCGAUUUCUUUCCAAACCAAUGUAGUUGGAAAGAAAUCGCAAAACUACAUACUGGAAGAAAAUGUUUAUACAUACGAUACUGCCCUCUGUGAAUGGUUCGAUUUAGGAAUGCAGCUUUCAUAGCGACACAAUGCGCAUGAAUCUCACUUACACACCAAUGCAUACAGACCCAUUCCGCCAGAGAAAAAUAAAAACAUUGAACGUAUAAUAAAUGGGCAAUGUAUGAUUUUGCACUGUUGAACACAGUGUGAGUUCAUGCGAAUGCGCAAUGACACUGUGACCGAAUGAGAAAAGGAAAAUUUUCGACCAUUCUUCGUUGAUUAGUUCGAUGAAAGUGGUAGACCAAUCAACAUUUGUUGAGCUUUUGGAAUAUUGUGUAUUUUUUGUUUUGUUUAUUUCGUUUUGAAGUAAAUGAAACAAUCGAAAUUAAAGGUGUGAAAUUACGUAGCGAAGACAGCGUCUAAUAACAAAAUUUUUAUCGAGCUUAUGUGUUGUACACCAUUUUAAUCUUGAAACCAUUUGUGUGAGACUGUGUGUUUUUCUUUUGUUAAAUAAUAUACUUCGCAUAAUUUUAUUAGAAUUGUAUCAGGAUUUGUUGUGAGCAAGAACAAAUUAAUUAAAAAUCGAACGGUUUUCGAUAUAUUUUUUCAACUAAAAAAAAUAUCCCCAUUUCAGUAACAGUUAGUUAUAAUCUUUUGCCUUACAAAAAAGAAAGAAAGAAACAAACAAACCAAACCAAGAAAGCUACCAUUCAUCUAUAAUUUUGUUUUUAUGGACGCAUUCAAGUGCAUAGAUCACUAAAUACUAGUGGAAUUUAAAAACCAAAAAAAAAAAACAGAACAAACAUAGAAAAUUGACACAAAAGUUCCAGAGUUUGAAGUAAAACCAAAAAAAAAAAUAUCUGUUUAAUAUGGCUCCAUUUAAGUUGAAGUUUCGCAUGGGAAGCGGUUCCAGAAGCAUAUCGCAGGAAAUCGAAGAGCCUGUUCAAUAUAGCAGUGUUCAGCAGCCACUGCUUAUGCGACAGUCAGCUGUUGGUGGAAGUAAUACAACACUCAGUUCCGAAUAUAAUAGCAUGAGCACAAAUAACGAUCAACACAAUUUGUUGCCAAAUACAUUUGAAGAAGAAAUAGGUUACGAAAAUCCAACCAUAAUGAGAAAUAUCACAGAUGCACAUUGUUAUCAAAAUAUGCAAACGUCUUCAUCCAAUUCAACGAUAUCUCGAAAUGAUCAAUUUCUGCACGACUGUGAGGGAAAUGUCACAUCAAAUAACAAGGAAUCUUCUAAGUACGAUGAAAAAGAGUGUACAGUUGGUGAAAAACUCUUCUUGUCCAAUCCAUCACGGUCCAAUGAGAAUUUGAUUGAUUCGACAGCCGGAUCGUGUGAUCCUCUAUUUGCAAACCAAAGCCUUGAACAGAUUAAUUUAGAAGAAAACACUUCAGUCAAUUCGACCAAUGAUGAGCAAGAGUGUCCAUCGAGUAUAGAUAAUCAAAAUUUAGUUGACGAUUGGGAUUCGCAUGAGAACCAGUUGCAAGAUAUUCAGGAUAUUCAACUCCAAACCACAUUGGACACAAUCAUCAACAAUAAAUCAUCGAAAAAAAUCUAUAAGGCCGUUGCCAAGGAAUGGGGCAUCACAUGUAAAAUGUCCGAACAGUGCCGUUGCAUAGAUUGUCAAGGCAACUAUUUUGAUUGCGAAUUUGACGAGAAUGAUCAUCAGAAGACCGAUGGUGGAUUAGGUGCAAGCACUCCCGUAUUUUUGAAUGAAGUGAUGCAUCAGUCAUCAUGCACAAUAAUAUAAAUGUCUACUAACAAAACGAAUUUCUCCACAUACAAACACACACACACACCCACACACCGCCACAUCAAUUAAAUUUUCUGAAAAUGAAACCAAGAACAACAAAACUAUAUUUUAACAAACUUAGGAGAGAUACUUUCAGUGUAACAAAAGACUACGAUUGGCACUAAUUAAACAAUAAAAUGGAAUGAGGCGACAUUUAUAGAGAAUCGGUACAUUUUAGCGAUAGUUUGAAUGAAAAUGCAGAGAAAGUCUAUCGAAACAAAAAGAAUACUAUUUUAACACUUUUUUACGUAGAAACAUUGGAAUGCAAAAGCUAUUAUUAGCAAAAACAAAAUAUGGAGUUUUUAGCGAUAUUUAUUGACUAUUUUAUGCAUGUAACAGAUGCAAAAUUGAUGUGAAUUUGCACGUACAGAUCUGAACAUCAGCAGCAACUUGAAAAAAAAAUAAAAUCAAUCGUUAUAAUCAAA